CUAUAAAAGACAGAAGUCGCAGUGACAAGUACCCAGAGUGUCACAUCCUCGGAGAUCAACAAGACUAUCAUCACAAUGAAAGGAUUUUUUCUUGUCCUGCUUGUGGGCUUUGUAGCAGCAGGGUCCAGAAAGGAGCGCUCUAGAACCCAAAGAGCAGCGGCUUGUGCAGAGGACGAGUUCCAGUGUAAGAACGGUGAAUGCAUUCAGGAGGAAUGGACGUGCGACACAGAAAACGACUGUUUCGAUGCCUCUGAUGAAGCCGGGUGCCCUUCCGCCAGCCGCUGUACUGGCGCUCAUCAGUUUCGGUGUACCAGCGGCUCGGACUGCAUCCCAGUGGAAUACCGAUGUGACGGCACCAUCGACUGUCGCGACCGUUCUGAUGAAGUUGGAUGCAGUAUGUUCCAGUGCACUGGUGGCGAAGCAAAGUGCGACAAUGGAAUCUGUGUGGAGCAGAGUCAACUGUGUAACGGCCACAACGACUGUCUCGAUGGCUGGGACGAAAACGCCGCUAACUGUCCCAAGCCAACCUCUGCAUAAUAUCACUGCCAUUGAUAUAUAUAUAUAUAUCUUUUGUUAUUAUUAUUUCUGUAAUUUCCUCAGUUCAUUAGAGAUCUCAGACCUUGUUCAUAAUAACAGCUAGCAGUGGCGACCAGAGAGAAAACACAUAGUGUUGCAAACAACUUUCUCCUUUUUGAUUUUUUUCUAAACAAAACUAAAAUCUAGUAGUUGAACAAGGAUUUUUACUUUUUUUUCUUUUGUAGUUCUUAUUUCAGCUUUUGGGAUCCGUGUAAUGGAUUUCUCUUGAUAUAAUAACAAUAAUAAAUGUAUUAAUACCGCUCUACUACAAGAAAAUGAUUUGAGCGCAACUCACACCAACACUAUCAGCAGGAUAACUUGUAACUUGUACAACAAAUAGAGAAAAAACUACUGAUGGAGCAAUAGCCAGACUGAAACUCUUGGCCUACAAACAACCUAAACAUCUUCCAAUGGGUACCACGUUGUAAUCACGUUUGCUUAACGUUUAUGGUACGUUUUUAUGAAGUGAAUAUCACUCUCACAAGAUGCUUAUAUGACAGAUAAACAAAAUUUACCUGA